GAGGCCGCUGCAGGGCUGGGAAAAUCGAGCUGUGGAGAACUGGGCGGUGGGGACACUCCUAGGCUGGGGAGCGGCGGGGAGGGGCCACCGCCCUCCAAGUCCCCGAGAGCUUUAAAUUCUCCUGAAAGGGGGCAGUCCCAUGCACUCUUACCGACCGGUUUCGCCUCGCUGAACUCCCGGGGACACUUGUCAUCUGCUUUAGGGGGCGAUGCUGUUGCUUAGCUGCAACUUGGAGGAGGAUGGCCUUAAGAAUUUGCUGGAGACAGGAGCAUCAGUCAACGCACCCCCGGAUCCUCAAGAGCAGUCGCCUGUUCACCUAGCUGCAGGUGGCGGCCUUGCUUGCUUUCUUCUCUGGCAGCUGCAAACGGGUGCUGACCUCAACCAACAGGAUGUGUUGGGAGAAACUCCACUCCACAAGGCAGCCAAAGUUGGAAGCCUAGAGUGCCUUAGCCUCCUGGUGGCCAGUGAUGUCCGGAUUGACUUAUGUAAUAAAAAUGGGCAAACAGCUGAAGAUCUUGCUUGGUCAUGUGGCUUUCUAGAAUGUGCCAGGUUUCUAACAAUGAUUAAAUGUAUGCAGACAGCAAAAUCCUCACGUGAGCACCCCGAGGGUGACCCCUAUGCUCCUGUGCUGAGACAGAAGCGGAGUUUCAGAACUAUGGAGAGCAGAGUGUUGAAGAGAAAGUGUUGAUGAUGUCUUGUUGGGCAAGAGGACAGAAGAGGCUUGAAGUCGGGCUUCACUUCAGACAGAUCAAAAGCCAUUGCUUUGGCUUAACACAUGGCUACACUCCUGAGGAGGAAAGCUUUCUUCCAAGUGAAGAGAAAUUCAUUCAUGCAUGUGUUUACAUGACUAGUAUUUUGGAUGUACAUGUUUUGUUAUUUAACUUAUUAAAAGAAUAUUCAAGGAGUUAAA